AUUGGCAAAUUAAAGGAAUAAGAGAUUAAAAAUAAAGGUAUCGCCGGCACGGAGAAACUUCCGAUUAAAAAACAAACUAUGCAUACGUAGACUUGUAUUUCUAUAUAAGAAUUUAUCUUCUUCAGUUCUUCAAGAACUCUCUCUCUCUCUCUCUCUCGUACUCUUCAUGUGAUACACUGACACAUGACUUGGCAAGUGCCGGUGACAAUCAUACGAGAAAGUUGAAAGUCUCUAAACAGAGACACAUUCUGCGUUUUACAAAGCUUUUCAUAUCAAUCCUCUCUACCUAGCAGUGACGCAAUCGUUCUUCACUAAUCACUGCUUUUCCAGUUUAUUAUGGGGACUCAAGCACCAACUGAACUCGACUCGUAUCCCAAAACUUCUGUUGAUGAACAUUUAGAGAGGCAGAAGGCAAUUAAUGAUUGGCUUCCAAUUACUUCUUCAAGGAAUGGAAAAUGGUGGUACUCAGCCUUCCACAAUGUCACUGCCAUGGUUGGGGCUGGUGUGCUUAGUCUUCCUUAUGCCAUGUCUGAGCUUGGGUGGGGUCCUGGUGUAACUGUAUUGGUCCUGUCAUGGAUCAUCACCCUAUACACCCUAUGGCAAAUGGUUGAGAUGCAUGAAAUGGUUCCGGGAAAACGUUUUGACAGAUACCAUGAACUGGGUCAAUAUGCCUUUGGUGAAAAGCUGGGUCUAUAUAUUGUGGUGCCUCAACAACUUGUGGUUGAAGUUGGGGUGAACAUUGUAUAUAUGGUCACUGGGGGAAAAUCCUUGCAGAAGUUCCAUGACACCGUGUGUACCGACUGCAAAAAGAUCAAGUUAACCUUUUUCAUCAUGAUUUUUGCCUCUGUUCACUUUGUGCUGUCCCACCUCCCCAACUUCAACUCCAUUUCUGGUGUAUCUUUGGCUGCAGCAGUUAUGUCCUUGAGUUACUCUACAAUUGCCUGGGCAGCUUCUGUACAUAAGGGUGUUCAAGAAAAUGUACAAUAUGGUUAUAAAGCUAAGACUACAGCAGGAACAGUAUUUGGCUUCUUUAAUGCCCUUGGGGAUGUGGCUUUUGCCUAUGCUGGACACAAUGUGGUGUUGGAAAUCCAAGCAACAAUCCCAUCCACCCCAGAGAAGCCAUCCAAGGGUCCUAUGUGGAGAGGAGUGGUUGUUGCUUACAUAGUUGUGGCUUUGUGCUACUUCCCAGUUGCUCUUAUUGGUUACUGGAUGUUUGGCAAUGACGUCAAAGAUAACAUACUCAUCACUUUAGAGAAACCAAAAUGGCUUAUUGCAAUGGCUAACAUGUUUGUUGUGGUCCAUGUUAUCGGAAGUUACCAGAUUUAUGCAAUGCCAGUGUUUGACAUGAUUGAAACUGUGAUGGUGAAGAAGUUGAAUUUCAAGCCUAGCAGAAUACUUCGUUUUAUCGUACGUAAUGUGUAUGUGGCAUUCACAAUGUUCGUUGGUAUUACCUUCCCAUUCUUUGGUGGUCUCCUUGGAUUCUUUGGAGGAUUUGCUUUUGCUCCAACAACAUACUUUCUCCCCUGCAUCAUGUGGCUUGCAAUCUACAAACCAAGGAAAUUCAGCUUGUCAUGGUGGGCUAACUGGAUCUGCAUCGUGCUUGGCCUGUUAUUGAUGACUUUAUCACCAAUUGGAGGAUUGAGGACUAUCAUUCUUGAAGCUAAGACCUACAAGUUCUACUCUUAAGCUCAUUCCACACUGAAUCAAUGAUGGGAAAGUGUCGUGUGCAAAUAUGACUUAGGAUUGAAAGCUCAGUAUAGUCAAUUAUGUGAUAGAAUCUGGUUUGUCGAGGUAGCCGGGUGAUCUUUACCUGUGAAAUACACUAGUUAAGGAGCAUCACCUUACCUGUUAGUGGAAAUGAAAAUCAUGGGCACAAAUGGAAAUCAAAGGAAUUUUCUGAAUACUUUCUUAGUCACUUUUCACUCUAUGAAUGUAUAUUGCUUUCCUCUUUCCUCUUUCCUCUGGUUAAAGUGCUUGAUAUAAUAUUUAUUUGGCUCCAUUGAAUUUACAUUAGAAAACAUUCAGUGACCUUGUCCUGCACGUUUGUUUCUUCCUCCCUUUCGAACCAUGUUAAUUAUUUACUGUUCAUAGUUUUUCAG